UUACUGCCAACGUCACCGUCGUCGCGUCGACGCUACUCUCCGCGGAUACCACGGUGUACGGUCUUGCGCGGGUGUAGCGCUUUUACUACGAUUACUAUUACUAUUAUUAUUGUUAUUUAUUACUAUUAUUAUUCGUACUGUUAUUAAUAGCAUACCACCGUUUGCAAAAGCGCGAGCACGACGUCCUUUAAUCGGUCUGACGCGCGCCACAUCGUAAACGCUCGCCGCGCCGCCGCGCCGCAGCCAGUGCCACACUCAGCCACACAUAAUUAUACGUCAUGUGUCGAGGGAAAACUUUAACGGUAAACAUUCACAUGCCCGAGCAGUACGCACACAUCGGCUGAGGCAGACGCAACCGUUUGACUCUUUCGCGAUAACACAAUAUAAAAUACUUUAUAAGAAUGGAGCCACAGUAUCCAGUUACUACAAAAUCUACAGCAAUGGACGAAACACUGUUUGAAUAUAAAGGUGGAUUAGCAGAUGAUUUGAAGUUUCUUGCAGCUAUCCCAGAGGUGUGUGACGUUACAUUUUUAGUCGGUGAAACACGAGAACCAGUGUGUGCUGUUAAGGCAAUACUCGCGGCUAGAAGCCGAGUGUUUUAUAAAAUGUUAUACGAUACAAAUGGAAAACAACUACAACACCAACAACACUCAAUCGGAGGUAGUUCAUCAAAACGCAGUGGAGGCUUAAUAAAGCAAUUAUCUGGUGCUGCAGGUGGGAGUCAAAACCCUCAACAACAAAAUCGGUUGAGAAUGUUAUUAAAACGUAGUUCAGAACCUCUGAUUCAACACAAUCAUCAACAGCAGUAUCAAUCACGGCAACAACAAAAAUCACCACCGAAUAGGAACAGUAUUAAGAACAAUAGCAAAAUGGUGGCUGCCGGAUCCAAUGCAUCAACGUCUUGGUCAAAAUAUAAACGAGGAAGUUCUGUCGGAACUGUGGCGACAUCGAUAAGUAAUGCUGCGAGUGUAACAUCGCCGACGGUGAUCGUAAUCGAAGAAUUCGACGCCGACGUGUUCCGGCAGUUGGUAGAAUAUGUUCACACUGGUUGUGUGACGUUACAACCACGAACGUUACUAGGCGUGUUGAAUGCGGCCGACUGUUACGGACUGGACGAGCUGCGAGCCGCCUGUACGGGUUUUGCCGACACGGGCGGCGGUAUCACCGUGGACACAGCUUGUGCGCUGUUGGCGUCCGCCGAACGUUACAUCCACUACAAAUGCACCAAAUCGUUGGUGCAAAAAGUGCUCGAGUUCGUAGACGAGAACGGCGGACGCGUGCUCACACUUGGAUCGUUCACAUUAUUGCCGCAACACGUGGUCCGACUUAUACUGUCGCGGGACGAGUUACGAGCUGAUGAACUGACAAAAUUUCAGGCUGCACUGAUGUGGGCGAAGAAAUGUGCCGCUGAUGCUGCCGACAACAACAAUGCCGAUUCCGAGGAUGCAGAUUGGCGUUCUCUGUUCCGGGAACACUUCGCGCCUAUCAUCCAGUAUCACAAGAUCGCAGCGAGUGUAAUUUUAGAAGAAAUAAUGCCGUUGGGCGUGGUUCCUGACCGGGACCUGUUGUCGGCGCUUGCUUAUCAGGCUGACCCGAACAGCGUGCGGUUGGACUCCAUCACCGGGGCCGGUGACCGGGAUCAGUUACGGUGCGGUCGGCGACGGACGCGAUCCAUGUCAGUGCAGAGCGGUGGUGCGGGAGGUGACGAGGACGACAUGCAGUCGGGUUACCAUCAGGUGAGUGUCGCGGCUGGCCCGUCGAUCACGUCCGUCAUCAGUGGUAUCGGACAUCAGCCGCCAGCCACUCCGACCCUGAGCAGUGGCGGCAGUGGUGGCAGCGCGGACGUCGUGGACCGCCAUAAUCAGCGGCCACCACCUCCUAGACGCCGGCGGCGCACCUCGUCAUCCGUACACCAACACCAUGGACAGCGGCCGCAGCAUAAGCACCAGCACCAUCAUCAUUAUCACCCGCUCAACCGGCACAAUCUGUCUUCGGACUCAACCAACAGUCGGAGUUGUUGCACGAGUGACGACGAUUCGGCGGACGACUUAACGUCGUCCUAAACGCGAACGAUGUACGCAUCGCGCGCCCACGGAUAUAAAAGCGACGACUCGCAUGGCGUCAACCGCGACUUCCCCCAUCAUAAUCAUAAUUUUAUUAUAAUUGUCCUCGUCCCAAAAACUGCACGACCCUUAGGGCCAGUUUUACAGUCUACAGUUAAACUUCGAUUACGCUUAAUCAGCUGAUAACAGAUAUUUAACCGGGCAAAUUCGGCCAAUUAAACUGCGGUUAACUUUAAUCGGAGACUGUACAACUGGCCCUAAUUAUAAUACAUUAAAGAAGACGUCGUGCGCGCAUGUGUCUCUGUCUUACUAACAUAUAAUAUACCUAUACCAAAAUAUACGUUCUUCAAUUCAGAUUUUGUAUUGUAAUCUUAAAUAUUAUUAGAGUGAAUUGAUCUAUUAUCAAUUAUCGCUCGUUGGCUUUUUGCGAUAUUUUAACGUUUAAGUGAAUAUUAUGAGCGUUUUUAAAUAUUAAUAUUUUACACACUCAUAAAAAUUGAAAUAUCGUAAAAAUCCGAAGAGAGGACAUAGGUAAAAGCUCUUAUACCUUUAAGUUAAAUAAUCAGUCAUUGCACUCAAAUAUUUAAGCUAACCACACAAAGUUGAAACAGCUGAAUGUACAUUUUGGUAUGUAAUACGCAUUAGUAAGAUGUAAACAACACGUACGGGUAUGAUGUCCUCUGUUGAGCGACAGAUGAUGUUAGAGUCUCUAACUUUUAAGACAUCACUUUUUUUUUCAAAAACUUACCUCAUCCGAAUUUAAUAUUAUCGUUAUUCUAUGCAUUUUUCAUAUUUAUUAUCAUUAAACACUUAUAAAAAUUGGCUGUCUGAGCGUGAAUACCUAAAUUAUGCAGUCAGUGGCGUACGCAGAAAUUUCCAAGGGCUGGGAGGGAUUAGACUAGCCCAACCUAAAUGCUAUGGGAUUAGAUUUUUGUAAAUAAAAUAAUUAUAUAAAAUUUAAUUAUCCUUAUGUUAUUCAAAUAUCAAAUGACAACAAACAAGGCAAUGUCUGUAUAUAUUAUAUGGCAUGUGUAAUGUGACGUGUAGAGCUUAUAGACUCGAAAAGCACUCGACCGAUUUCAAAGAAAGUUUCAGAGAUUAGUUUCUUAUCAGAGAUAUCAGAAAAGUUAGAAAAUAGUAGUUUGGAAUACGUUCAAAAAUAUACUAAGUACCUAUAGUAUCUCGGCCAUCUUGGUCAAAUUAGUUCAGAAAGUAUUAUAAGUACACCGAUACCAAUUUGCUGGUGAACUGAAAUACAUAAACACAUAAGCCUAGAUAGGUACACUGUGCCGUAUUUUAUGUUAGUUCAUUUCUUCCUGGGCGUAGUCGGUUACUGGUUCGGUUACUGGUUAUCUUUCUUAUAAAAAUAAUUUUCACGAUUUUGUGUAGUGGAUUAAGGCAAUUUCCUCCUUGAAUAUACGCUACUGUAUGCAAUUGUAGUCAUGGCGGGGUGCAGACGUGCAGUCGAUAAUUGGUUGUGUGAAAUUGGUCGUUUGGUGAAUUUUUCGUCAGACAGAUUGUUUACCUACAAUUGGUUGUCAAGACGAACAAAAAAAACUUAAUAAAAUGUAUUUUAGUAUUUAUAUAUAGGUAUUUCGUAUCAGCAAUAAUUAUACAAUACAUAUUAUAUUUC